AAAGCUAAGCAUGGGAUCUUAGACCAAGAUAUCUACAACUUUGACGAGGCUGGCUUGCAGAUAGGCAUUGGAGGGUCAUUCAAGGUAUUGACUGCGUCCCAGAGACGUCGUGCACCACUCAGCCUUCAGCCUGGCGAUCGUGAGUGGAUAACUUUGAUCGCUUGUAUCAACGCGAUGGGCUGGUCUAUCCCACCCUGCUUCAUCCUUAAAGCAAAGCUACCGUCGGCAAAUUCGUGA